CGCGUCUCCUCCCCAAUCCAACCUCCAGACCUUCAGAUCACUCCUCAUCCAUUCCUCGACAUCACAGCGAAGCUCGAUCGAUCACCAUCCAGAACCCCAGGACUUCCAGAGAGGUCGGUCCUACGGCGAUUCCUUGUUGCAGACUCCAUCGGUCCCACCUAGAUGAGCACCUCGUACACCGAGGCGCAGUUCGGCUCCUUCUUUGACCUGCCCGCCGGCGAGGACCUCACGUCCUGGUUCACCCACCUCUGCGAGGACCAGGCGGCGGCGGCGGCGUUCCCGGCGCCGGCACCGGCGUUCGAGGCGCCGGUGGCGAUGGCGGACCGGAGGAAGAGGAGCGCGGAGUACCAGCUGGCGCCGGAAGGGGCGGAGGCGUCGGGGGUCAAGCGGCAGCGGUCUCCGACCAGCUCCCGGGAGAACAGCGGCGGCAGCAAUGACGGCGACCACGAGCACUCGUCCGCCGCAGCCGGGGGCAGGGGCGGCGGCCGCCGGCUCUGGGUCAAGGAGCGCGACCACGAGUGGUGGGAUCGGAUGAGCAGCCCGGCGUGCCCCGAGGACGAGUUCCGCCGCGCGUUCCGGAUGUCGCGGGCCACCUUCGAGGCCGUCUGCGAGGAGCUGGGCGCCGCCGUCGCCAAGGAGGACACCAUGCUCCGCGCCGCCAUCCCAGUCCGUCAGCGCGUCGCCGUCUGCAUCUGGCGCCUCGCCACCGGGGAGCCUCUCCGCCUCGUCUCCAAGCGCUUCGGCCUGGGCAUCUCCACCUGCCACAAGCUCGUGCUCGAGGUCUGCGCCGCCAUCAAGGCCGUGCUGAUGCCCAAGGCCGUGCAGUGGCCGGAGGCCCCCGCGGACGUCGCCGCGCAGUUCGAGGCCGCGUCGGGGAUCGCCAACGUGGUGGGCGCCAUGUACACCACCCACAUCCCCAUCAUCGCGCCCAAGGCCAACGUCGCCGCCUACUACAACCGCCGCCACACGGAGCGCAACCAGAAGACGUCCUACUCCAUCACGGUGCAGGGCGUGGUGGACGCGGCGGGCGCCUUCACCGACGUCUGCAUCGGCUGGCCGGGCUCCAUGUCCGACGCCGACGUGCUCGACCGCUCCGCCCUCUACGCGCAGCGCGGCGCCGCGGGGCGCCUGCAGGGCCAGUGGGUGGUCGGCGGCGCGGGCUACCCGCUCAUGGACUGGCUGCUGGUCCCCUACACGCACCAGAACAUGACGUGGGCGCAGCACGUGUUCAACGAGCGGGUCGACGGCGUGCGCGCCGUGGCGAGGGACGCGUUCCAGCGCCUCAAGGCCCGCUGGGGCUGCCUCCAGAAGCGCACCGAGGUGAAGCUGCAGGACCUCCCCGUGGUGCUCGGCGCCUGCUGCGUGCUCCACAACAUCUGCGAGCGCGCCGGCGACGCCGUCGACCCCGAGAACGCCUUUCAGAUCUUCGACGACGACAUGGUCGCCGAGAACCCCGUGCGCUCGCAGGCGGCCGUCACCGCGCGCGACGAAAUCGCCCACAACCUCCUCCACCGCAACAGCGCCGCCGGCCCCGGCUUCCUCUUGAAAUGAAGAAGAGGAGAAGCAAGCAGCUUCAUUUCUCGGCCGGAUCAGCGAGGAAGACGCCGCAAGGCUCAACAAUCACAGCCUUUUUUGUUCAUCUUAGGAGCUUUCAGUCAUGGUAAAUUUGUCGGGUGGAGAACAGAGGGCAAUUCUUUCUCAUGUCUUUUGUAAUAAGGGAGGGAACAGAGCAAGGGGGAUCAUACAUACAUAGGUUCAAAGAUACAGUAGGUGAUUGGUUGAUAGGAUUUGAGAUUGUUCUGCUUUUUUUUUAGAAUCGAAGAUUCAUACCAUCAUUCUUCAGGUUUGGUGAGACUGUAGCCUGUAUGAUCAAUCCUGUACGAGGCUAUUUUGCCACCAGGCUGAGUAAUCAAUCAAUGAGUUAAACAGAUCUUGUUUUCGUC